AUGAAGUUCUCGAUAUCCAAGUUCCUUGUCGUUGCACUUGCUUCGACUGAGGUUGUUGUUGCCAGCACCUGGUUCAACAAAGCUAUCUACAAUAAAUGGCAUGAGACUGAGCUUGAGCGCUGGCUCUCCGAUCAUGACGUCCCUUAUCCCACCCCCGCGGACAGGAAAGACCUUGAGAACCUGGUCAAGGACAAUUGGCAAAUCAAAGUUGUCGACCCAAUCGCUUCGUCCGGCCAACAAGCAGGUGACAACUAUGGCAAUGUCAAGGAUUGGAUCUUCGACAGUUGGACUGAGUCAAGCUUGAAGGCUUUCCUCGACCAUCAUAACAUUCCUGCUCCUGAACCAAGAACAAGAGACUCCUACUUGGCUGCUGCUCGCCAGAACUACGACGCCACAGCCAAGAAGAUCGGGGAAUACGCUCAGUAUCCUGGCGAUUGGUUGUAUGCAGCAUGGUCUGAAUCCGACCUGAAGGAAUUCCUUGAUGCCCGCGGUUAUCCUGUUCCACAACCCACCACCCGUGACAAACUCAUUGCUCAUGUUCGCCGAAAUGCACGUCUGUCCUCCAUCAACAUGUCUGCUGCAGCCGCUGCAGCCAGCUCUUCUUUUUCAAGUGGCUCUUCCGUCGCCAGCAAAUCUGCAGCAAGUGCCCAAACUAGCCUUAGCGACGCCCUUUUCAAUGCCUGGUCUGAUAGCCAAUUGAAAGAGUUCCUCGACAAGAACGGUGUACCAGUUCCGCAAGGAAGCAAUAAGAACGAAUUGAUUGCCCUUGCUCGCAAGCACAAAGCUGACCUCGACAGUCAGGCCUCCACCGCUUCCGGCUCUGCUGCUUCCGCUUAUGGUGCCGCUACAUCCUCUGCUGGCAACCAAUUUGCAAAAGCCACGGAUGAUGCAGGACUGAUGGCCGAGGACGCAUUCAAUAGCGCUGUCAACACCUGGUCCAAUUCACGCCUGAAGGCAUACCUUGAUUCUCGGGGAAUCCCAGUUCCUCAAGGGGGCAAGCGCGAUGAGCUCCUCAAGCAAGUUCGAUUGAACAACCACAAGGCCGCCACUGGAUGGUCUGCAUGGACUUUCGACACAUGGACUGUUGAAAAUCUCCAGAAAUACCUUGAUGCUCAUGGCAAGAAGGCCAAGAAGAAUGCCAAAGCAAGCCGCGACGAUCUGGUGAAGCAGGCACAAGACGCUUAUGCUUCGGCCUCCAAGAGCGGCGGUUCCAACUAUGCCUCUGCUACCAACUACCUCGCGAAGCAAACGGAUGCUGCAAAGGAUACCUCCUUCGACACUUGGUCUGACAGCGACUUGAAGUCCUAUCUAGACAGUUACGGCAUUCCCAACUAUCAUGGUUCAACCACCAACCAACUUCGUGCCGAGGCCAAGAAGCAAGCCAACUAUUUCCGCUAUGGUACCUCGACUCCUUCCGGCACGAUCUUCGAACGCCUUAUGCAAGGCAUUCAAUACUAUCUCGGCCAAGGUCAGAGCUCUGCAUCAUCAGCCUAUCCUUAUGCAUCGUCGUCUGCAAGUUCUGCUGCAAGCUCUGCUGCCAGCGUCGCCUCCAAGGGUGCAUCCAGUGCAAAGGCUGAGUUGUAG